AUGAUAAAGGCUAUUCUUGUCUUCAAUAAUCACGGAAAGCCUCGGCUAUCCAAGUUUUAUCAAUACUUUAAUGAAGAUAUGCAGCAACAAAUUAUCAAAGAAACAUUCCAUUUAGUUUCUAAGAGAGAUGAUAACGUAUGCAAUUUUUUAGAAGGCGGAAGCUUAAUUGGUGGCUCAGAUUACAAAUUAAUAUAUAGGCAUUAUGCUACACUGUAUUUUGUCUUCUGUGUAGAUUCUUGUGAAAGCGAGUUAGGAAUCUUAGAUCUAAUACAAGUUUUUGUGGAAACAUUGGAUAAAUGUUUUGAAAAUGUUUGUGAAUUGGAUUUAAUUUUUCAUGCUGAUUCAGUACAUUUUAUAUUAAAUGAACUAGUAAUGGGAGGCAUGGUUUUGCAAACUAAUAUGUCUGAAAUUUUGAUGAGGAUAGAAGAACAGAAUAAGUUACAAAAGCAGGAAGCAGGUAUUUCUGCAGCACCGGGAAGGGCUGUUAGUGCUGUUAAAAACAUGAACAUACCUCAACAAAUUAAGGAUAUAAAAUUACCUGACCUCCCACAAGCCAUAAAAGAUUUGAAAUUCUGACCUCUUGCUCUGAAGAAUAAUUUUCCAGGAGAAGGAGAUAUUUCAAAAGUGCAAUCUGAUUCAAAAGAACAUAUUUCAACAAGUUUGAAAAGUUCGCAUGAACGUGAUAUUACAAGUAAACAGUAUAUGUAAAAUUUAUCGACUUUUCCAUUUUAUAUUGGCAAAGUAAGUGGACUUUUUC